GUUCGCAUUCAAGAGACGCAGGCCGAGCUGCCCCGGGGCAGCAUUCCUCGAAGCAUGGAAGUGAUCCUGCGUGCAGAAGCAGUGGAAUCUGCUCAAGCAGGUGACAAAUGUGACUUCACAGGAUCACUGAUUGUUGUGCCUGAUGUGGCUCAGCUGUCAACACCAGGGGUUCGUGCAGAAACUGGCUCACGGGUUAGUGGGACGGAGGGCUAUGAAGCUGAAGGAGUCCGGGGACUUCGUGCCCUUGGAGUCAGGGAGCUGUCCUACAAACUGGUCUUUUUAGCCUGUUACGUUGCACCAACAAACCCACGGUUUGGUGGAAAAGAGCUUCGAGAUGAAGAACAGACUGCAGAAAGCAUUAAAAACCAAAUGACAGUGAAAGAGUGGGAAAAGGUGUUUGAAAUGAGCCAAGAUAAAAACCUCUAUCAUAAUCUGUGUACCAGCCUCUUCCCCACUAUCCAUGGUAAUGAUGAAGUGAAACGUGGUGUCCUGCUGAUGCUUUUUGGAGGAGUUCCUAAGACCACUUCAGAGGGCACUUCGCUGCGUGGGGACAUCAAUGUUUGUGUUGUUGGUGAUCCCAGUACAGCCAAGAGUCAAUUUCUAAAGCACGUGGAUGAGUUCAGUCCUCGUGCUGUGUACACCAGCGGGAAAGCCUCCAGUGCUGCUGGUCUGACAGCAGCUGUUGUGAAAGAUGAAGAGUCACAUGAAUUUGUCAUUGAAGCUGGAGCACUGAUGUUGGCAGAUAAUGGUGUGUGUUGCAUUGAUGAAUUUGACAAAAUGGACAUGAGGGAUCAGGUAGCCAUUCAUGAAGCAAUGGAGCAGCAGACUAUAUCCAUUACUAAAGCUGGAGUAAAGGCCACCCUGAAUGCCAGAACCUCCAUUUUGGCUGCAGCAAACCCAGUUGGCGGGCGCUAUGACAGAUCUAAGUCACUGAAGCAGAAUAUAAACCUGUCAGCACCCAUCAUGUCUCGGUUUGAUCUCUUCUUCAUCCUUGUGGAUGAAUGUAAUGAGGUGACAGAUUAUGCCAUUGCCAGACGCAUAGUGGAUCUGCAUGCCAGAGUAGAAGAAUCUGUUGAUCGUGUCUAUUCAUUAGAUGAUAUCAGAAGGUACCUGUUGUUUGCGAGGCAGUUUAAACCAAAGAUAUCUAAAGAGUCUGAGGACUUCAUAGUGGAGCAGUACAAACGCCUUCGGCAGCGUGACGGCUCUGGAGUGACCAAGUCCUCCUGGAGGAUCACAGUGAGGCAGCUGGAAAGCAUGAUUCGCUUGUCUGAGGCUAUGGCCCGCAUGCAUUGCUGCGAUGAGGUUCAUCCCAAGCACGUGAAGGAAGCUUUCAGGCUUUUAAAUAAAUCCAUCAUUAGAGUUGAGACACCUGAUAUCAAUCUGGACCAAGAUGAUGAGCAGGAAAUGGAGUACCAAGAAGAGCAAGACGGAGUCAAUGGGGAAGCAGAAGCUCCAGCUGGGGUCAAUGGUCUUGUGAAUGGGAUAAGUGGCCAUUCUGAGGACGUGAACAAGGAUGCAGCACCCAAAGCUUCUCUUAGGCUGGGCUUCUCUGAGUACCGACGAAUUUCUAAUCUUCUUGUGUUACACCUCAGAAAAGCAGAGGAAGAAGAGGAUGACUCGUCAUUAAAGAAAAGCGAACUUAUUAAUUGGUAUCUGAAGGAAAUAGAAUCUGAAAUCGAAUCGGAAGAAGAACUAAUAAACAAAAAGAAGAUCAUUGAGAAAGUCAUUCACCGACUUACACAUUAUGACCACAUUCUGAUCGAACUGUCCCAGUCAGGCCUGAGGGGUUCCAAAGAAGAGGAGACUUUUGAUGAAGACCCAUACCUGGUUGUCAACCCCAACUAUAUGCUGGAGGACUGAGGGUUGAGAGCUGGACUGUAGAACUGACUAGUGGCAUGUUGGGAAGUGGAUUCUUUCUGCAUUCUUGCAAUGGUUGCUGUAUAGCUAGCAAAUUUGCAUCAGUGCUUUAGUUUGGAGUGCACCAGUAUGCAGUUGGUGACGUAUGGUUGAUCAUACACACUGAGCAGACCUGGGAAUUCUUAAAGAAAUAACAUCAAUUAAUUUAAUUACUACUUGUGGGUUUCACCAUCAUCACCCAGAUGCAGAGAAGACUCAUGCAAUAGCUCUUUUUAGUGUCAAGUGAAGUAGGCACUUCUGUUUUAAAUGAGAGGAAUUUUCUUCUUAUAUUCAUUGUUGUUUUAUUGUGUUUGGUAGACUUUUUAUGCUGUGGGCUUUUGUUGCUUCUCUUACUAACGUAAAUAAAAGACCAUUCAGUGUUUGGGGGUGGAUUUGUUGUUACUGGUAUGUGGGGUUAUUUUCUACGACUGUGUUUUGAGACUAAAAAAUUAGUGAUCUAAACCCUUUGUAUCCUGGCAAAGAUAGAAUUUGCUCCAUGAUAGCUGCUGUUUUAGGAAGUAUUUAAAUGCCAGUAACAGAUAAUGAAAACUGAUUCCUGCUUUUUCUUUUUAGAUACAAUAAAGCUGUGCAUGCUCCUGUUGCAUAUAUAGAACAGAAAAUUUAAAACAGUUGAGCCCAAAGCAAGGCUUUUAGGUCAGGAUGGCAAAACCCUCCCAACUAGAGGAAUGUCUUGACCCGUAAGUGACUUGAGCAGUGCCUUUGUUUGUGAGGGGUUUUUAGGAGUGCAUUAGUAAAUUUGUUUACAGAUAAUUGUAUAAGAAAAUUCUGCUUAAAUUUAUAUUGGUCUCAGUUAUGUGCUGUACAGCAUGGGAUUAUUACAUUAUUUUAGAAGACAAAUAUUCAGAUAUUUUUAAUUCUUAUCAACCUGAUACCAGCUGCUAUGAAAGAUUUGUGAAAGCUCAAAUAAUGCCAUGAUAUUUUAAGUACAGCUAGUGUAGACUGACUGUUUCUAAGUCCGAUCCAGAAAUGGAGCUGCUCUGUGGGGCAGUUGUCUUGUUCUUGUCAGUCUGUACCAGCUUUGGGAUAGAUGGGGAAUUAGCUCAGAACUUUGUUGCCACUGCUGGCCCUCUCCCAGUCAGUACACAGGGUGCAUCUGCAGAACCACAUCCUACCCAAAGAAGCUCUGGGCCCUGCUGUGUCUGAAGCCCACAAUGACUUGUGACUCAGCAAGGUCUUGGGAUUUCCCUGCUGUGAUUUCCCACCUCUCCCACACACUACAAGUCUUUCCUGCCAUGGACAUGCAGUCUUCCCUAGGGGGAUGUCAGGAUGGCAUAGGGAAGGAUUUUUGUGUGUGACCUUUCCAUUAAUAGUUUGUCAUGAGGUUAAACUGUAAUUUAAGGUGGAAAAAUGUAUAUUAAUAUUUGUUUAGAAAGAUAAAAGCAUAUAUAAAAUGUCAAUUUCCAGCUUAUCUUAAGUUUUUGCACUACAGAAUACGGAAUUUUGUAAUGUAUUAGGAAAUCAACUUUUCAAACUAGAACAUAAAUAUAUUGGAUCCUUUUAGCAUGUUAAAAGCUACAGUCAACAUUUGGGUGUGUUAUUUUUACUGUAAUUUCAAGGCUCAGCUUUUUGGUUCCAAGAAUUUGUGAACAGUUUAAUAUUGUACCAAACA